AUGGCGGACCGUUUGCCCAAAGAAUUGAUAGCUGAAAUCCUCACAAGACUACCGGUGAAAGCCCUUCUAAAGUUCAGUAUUAGAAAAUAUAUGAGUCUUCCAAUGUCCAGCAUUGGCAUUGAUUCACGUGGCCUGAGUAGGGUUGUUGAUGGGUACGGCUUCGAUUCCAAAACUAAUGAUUAUAAGGUGGUUAGAAUUGCUUACAUCUAUGGUUUUCCAGAUGCUGAGGUUGAGCUUUACUCCCUUAAUACAGGAUGUUGGAGAAGAAUUUGUGUUGUUGGUCCCCAUCAUCGUUUCACUUUUGCUCCACUUCCAUCUCAGGCUUUUGUCAAUGGGAUUGUCCAUUGGGUUGGAGGCGAUUUGGAUGCUGAUUCUGAUAUUUCAAUCCUGACUUUUGAUAUGAGCAGUGAGGUAUUCUGCAAGAUGAAGCCACCAGCAGCACCACCACAUGGCUGGUUGGUAACACGUUUGGCUGUUUCGGUGCAUAGGGAGUCACUUUGUCUUGGUCAUUUUGAUUCCUUGGUUAGCAAAGUUUCAAUAUGGGUGAUGAAAGAAUAUGGUGUUGUACAAUCUUGGUCCAAACUAUUCGUCUUUGAUGUGAAUGAAGCUUACGGGCAAUUACUUGGUUUCAGGAGGAAUGGUGAUCUUCUUUUCUUUAAAAGAAAUGAUUACAUGUUUUCAAUCAACCUAGAGUCUCAACAAACUAAGUAUCUUGGAAUAUGGUUAUCUGGUGAUCCGCAAUCAUUUUACGCUGUUCCCCAUGUGGCGGAGAACUUAGUAUUACUUUAGGAAGUGAAUCAAGUCUUAAGAAGCCUAAUCUUCCAGUGCAGCAGUUACUCUAGAAAGACCUUAUAAUUUUCUUAAAGGAAAGCUUGUAGUUGGUGGAAUCAAGAAAAUUGCAAGAGAGAAAAACCAUGAUAAAUAUUCUCAUAUGUCCUUGCCCUUUUUUUCUUGUUCUUCGUAGCAUAGUAUCAGUAUUUCUGUCUUUAGUUCCAGUAUAUUGCAACUUUGUUCAGAUUUUAGCUUUUCAUGAAUGUUGUACCUUGUAUUUUAAAGUAAUGAUUCAUUUACUUGAAUGAUAUUGAUUAUAUUUAAUGGAUUUGUUUUAUUCA